AUGUCGAAAGUGGUGGCCAUCAGCUCGCCGGCCCAUUUCGACGGUCUUCUGAAGACGUCCAAGAUUGUGGUGGCCGACUUCUUUGCGGAGUGGUGCGUCCCCUGCCACAUGAUCGCGCCGGUGUUUGCGCGGCUGGCCGACUCGCUCGCGCGGGACAACGUGGUGACGUUUGUCAAGGUCGACACGGAGGCCCACAAGGCGAUCUCGGAGGCGUACCGCGUGACCUCGUUGCCGACGUUUGUGCUGUUUCGAGACGGGAAGGUGAUUGACCGGGUGCAGGGUGCGGACCCGAAGCGGCUGGAGGCCCUGGCCACGAAGCUGGUGCAGGAGGCCAGCACGGCCGGGUCUUCGUCUGGAUCCGGGUCCGGGUCCGGGUCGAGCCCCUGGCUCGGGGCUGCGCUGCCGCGUGGUUACGGCGACAUCACGGACCAGGUAGAGGUGACGCGGUGCGAGCUGCUCAACGUGGACCCGGCGACCGGCAGCGUGCGGGUGCUCUUUGCCCCGGGCGGGCCGGGCAGCGACGAGCAGGACUGGAUCGAGAGCGACACGGAUGAGCAGAUCAUGCUGUUUGUGCCGUUCAUGUCGAUGGUCAAGCUGCACACGCUGCAGAUCACGUCGCUGCCGGGCUCGGACGGCGAGACGGCGCGGCCGCGGCUGAUCAAGCUCUUCAGCAACACGCCGCACAACCUGGGCUUCGACGAGGCCGAGGACACGGUGGCGACGCAGGAGGUCGAGCUGGGCGAGGCCGACUGGAACGCGGACGGGACGGCCUCGAUCGGACUGCGCUUUGUCAAGUUCCAAAAGGUCAACACGCUGGUGGUCUUUGUGGUGUCGGCCGACGGCGACGGCGACAAGGUGCGACUGGACCGGCUGCGGCUGAUUGGCGAGUCGGGCGAGAAGCGGGAGAUGGGCAAGCUGGAGAAGAUUGGCGACGAGCUGGGCGAGUAG